AUGGUUCGUAAGCUGUCUUACCCACAGAUAAGAGCCGAGUUUGAGUUGAGAGCCAUGGAGACUACCACCGCAAGGGUCGAGCACAAACCCCAGACUGUCUCGAUUGCCCCUGUCCGCGCCUCUCAAGGGAUGACUUGCCUUGAUCGACACCCGCCCAUCCUCUUCCAGAUGCCCAGGCUCGCUCGAGCUCAUCAUCACGGGCCUCCAACGGCACCAAUCCGUGUCUACCAAGAUCCGAUUUACUAA